GAAGUGAAUCUCUUCAUUUGAGGGUUGUAGCUACCUGUUUUCAGCCUUUUUUAUUAUGUAAAACAAAUUAUACGUAUUUUCGCCAGAAAAAGCUUGUUCAUUGUUACCGUCUCAGAGCAUUAGCGAUGAGUCAGAUGAAGACGAAAGAGUUCUUGGCGAUUCGACUUCACUAUUGGAUGACGAGGAAUCAGAUGAAGAGGCUAAUCUAGGCGAGUACCGGGAGGCCACAGUAUUUCAGUACGCAGACGGCGAUGCGGCGUUGUAUCCUCCAGAUUUCGACGCUUUUCCUUUCACCGACAGCGAUUCAUCCGUUACUGCGACACGCGCGUUCGCUUGGAUGGUUGCUCCUUGUGAUGCUCAAACGUUUUUCAGGGAAUUCUUCCAAUCUAAUGUGUUGGUUUUGAAGCGGAAUGCUCCGAAUUAUUAUGGCAAUCUGUUUUCUACCGAAAGUUUCGUAGAACUCAUUCAGAAUAAUUACUUGGAGUACGGUACAAAUAUAAAUGUAGCGGAAUACAAGGGCGGUGUUCGUUUUACAAUGAAUGGUACAGGACGUGUGUAUCCAAGUCAUCUCAGGGGACACAUCGCCAUCGGAAGAUCUGUGCAGUUUGUCAAUCCACAGACUUUUGACGAUCGAGUGUGGUAUUUUUGUGAAGUUUUACAAGAGUUGUUUGGAUGUUUUAUUGGUGCAAAUACGUAUCUGACUCCUGCUGGUUCUUCUGGAUUUGCACCUCACUGGGAUGACAUUGAUGCAUUUCUGCUACAGUUGGAAGGAAGGAAGUAUUGGAAGGUGUUUGCACCUGAUUCUAUUAGUGACGAACUGCCAAGAGAAUCAAGCGGAAAUUUUACUGAUGACGACAUGAAAAACCGCAAGCCGACGUUCGAAGGUUGGAUUGAGGCUGGAGAUCUCCUUUAUAUUCCUCGAGGAUUCAUUCAUCAAGCAACCACAUCUGAUGACGUUCACUCUCUUCAUAUAACAAUUUCAAGUGGAAGACAGUGGUCGUUCGCUGAUCUCAUGGAUAUACUCGUUCCCGAGGCUAUUACGACUUUGGCAAAGAAUCGUUGGAUGAUGAGAAAAUCACUUCCAGUGGGAAUGCUUGAUAUGGGUGGAGUAGCAGACAUCGAUUAUCGGUUGGAUGAACAUUUUGAAGUGAAGUGGAAGGCAGCCCUCGAUCGUCAUAUGACAGCGCUUCGAAUUUUUUUGAAAGAACUGGGUGAUGGUGGGAUCGACAUAAUGGCUGGGGAAUUUAUGAAGACCGCGUUGCCUCCAAUGUUAACUGCCGAAGAGAAAACUCUAAGCGUGGUUGGGUCGCAUCCUGAUAUUCUUCAUGGAAAGCCUAUGGAGUUCCGUCCGAGCACACGAGUGAAAUUGAUUCGAAGACAUGCGCAGAGACUGAUAUUUGAAAAUGAAAACGCCUGCUAUAUUGUACAUCGUAUGGCAAAUUCACGUGUUUAUGAAGGGCGACCUCAGCAAUACUUCAGUUUGCCCAAUGAGUUUAUCGACGGCUUUAAUGCCCUCAGUGUUAAUUAUCCUGAAUGGAUGUCACUUUCUGAAAUGCCUACUGACAUGACUGGAGAACAAGUUCAGGGAUUGUGUCAUCUCUUAUAUAAUCAUGGGCUGGUUAUGGUCCAGCAGUUACCGGAUAGAGUUAAGAAAAAUGUUAGGAGAAGAAAAUAG